AUGCUCACGUACCUUUUGUAUGUACUGCAUCUUGCUUUUGCGAUUUGGGUAAAUAGCAUCCAGAAUUGUAAAUCACACUGUAUAUAUGUCGGUGAUUACAUCUGUUCAUUAUUUUGGAUCCUCCAUCCUUUUUUCUUUUUAUUUGUUGCUUCCCCUACAAGUUCAACACAAAAAUAGCAUUUAUGAUGUAUGUUGAAGGUAUGUGAUAAUGCGAUGCAUAUGUGAUUCAUGUCAAAGAGAUCUUCUUGGUUCAUGGUUGCUGCUCCUUCAAUUAUCCCAGUUUCAUGGUAUAAAUUAGUUUUAUAAUUUGCUCGUUGGUUGUAUAUUGUGUUCCUAUUGCUCCGAUUGAUCCAAGUGUCCAACCCAAGCCAACGAUGGGAUCCGUGGUUGUGUUUUCGGUGAGUGGCACCACGAGAUCACCGACCCAGACGAUAUAAACUCGCUGCCUUCACCAGAAUAGCACAUGCAUGCUACACCGGGCCUGUGGGCCAUCCUAGACGCCCACCCAUGGCCUGCAAGGCCAU